CCCUCUUAUAUCUGUCGGUAAGUUGGCUGUGUGUUUUGAAUCAACCGCGCUCACCCAUGGCCAUCUAACAUGCCACUGCCAUCAGCCGCAAUGAUAUCGCCAAGCCCAUUGUAGAUGGCACUGCUCUCUCUCUCGGCUUGUUCCACUCCCCACUACUACUUCGCCCGUUUCCGCUUUGUCAAGAUGGCUUGUUCUAAAACGUGCACUAACGCUACCAAUUUUUCCUCCCUUUGAAAGAACUUAUAAAUGUACGACCUCUUCGCUGCGACAUGGGCCCAUGUUUUCCCCCCAGCCAGUGCAAGUGAUUUCUUAUUACAAUAACGUGCUACCGCCUACCCGAACGAGAAAACCGCUGUUACAGUCCACUGCGAACCCGCCAUCCUUGUACGAGAAGCUUCUUAAAGGUAACGACUUUAUUUUGAGCUACUAAGUAACGUGAUUUGAAGCCCAUUACAUUGGCUCUAACACGAUUCUGGUCCAACCGAGCCGCAUGAAAUUAUUACGAUCGACCUAUGGAUGAAUCUUCAAUUAUUUUCGCAUUCUUCGAAUUUCUCAAGGUUGAGGUUAGAUGAAUCGAAUCAGUAGCGUGCAAGCAUCGACUAUCGAAAUAUCGAUCAUUAACCGUCAUCAAUCAUCGAGAUAUCGACUAUCGACUAUCGAUUUUACUGAAACAUCGACCUAGCCUCAAAAUUUUGUUUACAAAAUUAUUUUUUGAACUGUUUUUGAAUGUUAUUUCGCUGAAAUGGCCGAGGUACUCUUGCUCAACAAGCUAAAACGCACUCAGCUGUCGCUUUGCGCUUUAGCCAACAAAUAUGAAUUUGAAAUACCGAUAAAAUUAUGCGAUUAUUAUUUGGACUUAAACAAAAAAUUUGAAAAAUUAGCUGAUGAUUUUAACAACCUACAACGUGAUGAAAUGCCUUUAGCUACUUUGACCGAAUUCGAUAACGUUCAAAAGGAAUUUCAAGACACUUUUGAUCAAAUUAAAUUAAAAGAAGAAGUAAAUACCUGCACUCCUACUGAAUCUAAAGCGUCAAAUUUUAUCAAGCCGCAAUUGUCCAUCCCAGUAUUCUCUGGAGACAUGGAGCAAUGGGCUUCCUUUAAAAACGUAUUUGAAGCGGCUGUACAUAAUUGCAAAGACUUUUCAAAUGAUGAAAAAUACUAUCUACUUGUAUCCUAUUUACGUGGAGACGCCUUGUGCUUAGUUCAAAACUUUGCUGACACUGAAAAUGCAUACAAGCUUGCCUUCGAAAGUUUGCAUAACCGAUAUGACAACAAACGCUAUCGAGCUUAUGCCUUAUACAGCAAAAUCACAAACUUUCAGCCGAAGGGCAGUCUUGUUGAAGUACUUAGACAUUUUGCCAUUGAAUUAGGCUCAGCUAAGCAAUCACUAUUUAAUUUGAAAUUGAACCAUGCUGAUUUCUUAAUAACAAUGAUUUGCCUUCAGAAAUUGCCUAACGCUGUAAGAGCCAAAUUUGAGAAUUCUUUGGGCCCUGACGACUUACCUGCUUUUGACCACCUGAUGAAAUUCAUUUCCAACCAAGAAAAAUCGCUGGAGGUAACCGCCAUCAAUGAGGUGAGCGAACAGUUAUCUAGUGCUAGUUACACCGCUAUACCAACCGCAAAAGUGAAGACUGAAGAUCAUUCACAAGUAGUAAAACCGCAAUUUACUGAAAACAAAAGUGGCAGCAAUCUGUGUGUACUAUGCAACAUUCCUCAUCCAUUGUACAAAUGUGAGCGCUUUAGGAAGGAACCUAUCAACAAACGAAUGGAUAUUGUCAAGCAAAACCGCAGAUGCUUCGGAUGCCUCGGGUCCCACCUCAAAGCCAAAUGCAAUUCACUGUCCUCUUGUCGUGCAUGUAAAUCAAUCCAUCACCAUACCCUGCUAUGCAAAAAUAAUGAGAGUUCACAAUCCUUUUUAAUUGCUGAACGCCGACCAGAUCGCUACCCUUCUGGCUCUCAUAAUAGGCCUACCAUAUCUAGUUACCAACCAGCUUCCACCUCUGGAGGUGCUAGCUGUCGCUCCCCGCCACCAGGAUUUGAACCAAUGUCAACACAGCGGUUUACCGAUGACAUACACUCAUCACAAUAUGUAAGUAAUUCAUGUUGUACCGAUUCGAGAAUCCCGCAAAACACGGCCAGUCCCUCACGGUCUUCUUCGUCACCUUUUGGCACAGCGCCUGUGACCAAUAUCUCAACCCCAACCCGCAGUUCAUCCACCGGCAUGCCGGACACCUUCAGUGGCUGUGCACAAGUGAAAGCUGUACACGCUUCUGCUUUACUGGGCACCGCUAUCGUUGCCGUUGUUGAUCAAUACAACCGAUCACAAUUACUACGUGCUGUAUUGGAUUGUGGCUCCAUGAGAUCGAUUAUCACUACCCGAGCUGCCCAGCAACUUGGUAUCACCAUCAUGCCCGCACGCAUUCAGAUUAAUGGUAUCUCUGAACAAGCGACCGCUGUAAAAGGUACCACUCAUUUGACACUGCUAUCUCGACCGCAGUUUAACACCUUUCUCCAAACUGAAGCCCUUGUCUUAGAGCAAAUAGCUGGUGACCUACCCGCUUUUCCAAUCAGCAGUGAGCUCAAAACCUCACUUUCACAUUUGGAUCUCGCUGACCCUGGUUUUGACCAACCCAAUAGGAUAGACCUCUUGAUUGGAGCUGACAUUUAUCCUAAUGUAUUUGUUUCUUCCGCCAAUGCUAUUAUACCAGGAAAUCCCGCUGCCUUCGCCACUAUAUUUGGCUAUGUUCUGAGUGGAAAGCUAAAUAUUGAGGACUCGCCUGCUCCGCUUCAUCAGAUGCAACUUAUCUGCACCAUGUUUGCCCGCGAAGAACCGCUUGCUGAGGUCAUGAACAAGUUUUGGGAGACUGAAGAUGUCCAAAUAAAUGCGAAACUCUUAUCACCUGAAGAUGAACUCUGUGAACAGCUCUAUGAGUCCACUACCUACCGCAAUGAUGAAGGCAGAUAUGUAGUCGCACUCCCCUUCAAGCCUAGCGCGCCUGUUCUUGUUUCAAACCGCAAGCAAGCUUAUCGAAGUCACCUUGGAUUAUUAAAACGCUUGGAAAAUUCUUCGGAACUAAAGAAGAAAUACGACAACUUCAUGACAGAAUAUCAUGAGCUUGGCCAUUUGGAACUUGCCAAAUCCGCUUCUGACUAUGUGAUUCCACACCAUGCAGUUUUUAAAAAUAAGGACCCCACUCAGAAAAUCAGGGUGGUGUUUAAUGCUUCCAGCAAGGAUACCAAUGGGCAUUCACUAAAUGAGAAUUUGUUACCAGGGCCAAAACUGCAGUCCAAUAUUAUUCAAGUAUUGACCAAAUUCCGCACUUACAAGUACAUUGUCCUUUCUGAUUGCAAGCAGAUGUAUCGCCAGAUUUUGUUAAGGCCUGAAGACUGCCGUCACCAACAUGUUUUUUGGAAACCUAAUUAUCAUGAACCUGCAAAAGAAUUUGAACUUAAAACCGUAACCUAUGGGCUUACUUCCAGUGCUUAUUUAGCGCAACGCACAUUGCAACAACUUGUCAAGGAUGAAGGAGAAGCAUUCCCUCUGGCAAGUAAAGUUUUAACAAGUCAAACUUAUGUUGAUGACCUGCUGGGAGGAAGUAACAAUUUUUCUGAAGCACAAACGCUUAUUUCUGAACUGAUUGAGUUAUUGUCGCUUGGCUCCUUUGAACUUCGGAAAUGGAACUCUAAUACUCCUGAAUUGAUCGCUAACUUGCCUGCAGAAUUUUUGGAAAAUCAAGAUUGUAUGUUUGAUGACAACGCUACUGCAAAAGUUCUUGGAAUUGUCUACAGCCCGCUCGCGGACAACUUUCGCUAUUUCAUUUCUCCUUUUAAUGGGCAAAUCACUAAAAGAACCGUUCUAUCAUUCAUCGCUCGAGUCUACGACCCCCUUGGGUGGCUCACUCCUCUCAUAAUGCUGUUCAAGCUAUUCAUGCGCACGCUGUGGUCUCAGCAAUUAGCUUGGGACACUGAGGUUCCAGCCUCACUUCGAGCUCAUUGGGAGCUGAUUACCGCUGAAAUUUCCCGUUUGGACAAUGUUGUAAUCCCGCGUUUACUCGCCUGUAACCGCUCUACUACCCGGCUGCUUGGAUUCGCCGAUGCCUCCGAAAAGGGGUUUGCUGCUUGUAUAUAUAUUCAUGAAGAGACUGAAAAUAGAUAUGUUAACUGCCGUCUCAUAGCCGCCAAAAGUCAUGUCGCCCCGCUGAAAACUAUGACAAUUCCACGCCUGGAAUUGAUGGGUUGUUUGCUGCUUGCUCGUUUACUAUCCGCCAUCUUACCUACGCUGUCCGAAUAUGAUUUACAAGAAAUUCGACUCUACACCGAUUCCAAGACUGCCUUGGAUUGGAUCAACACACCCACAUACAAAUUGCAGAUUUUUGUUGCCAACAGAGUACAGCAAAUUACUCAGUUAACAAAACUUGAGUCAUGGCAUCACGUUACUUCUGCUAACAACUGUGCAGAUAUUGCUUCGAGAGGCUUGACUCCCGCUGAAAUCGUCUCCUGCCAUGAUUGGUGGCACACUACCAAUGCGUUUCGUUGUCUCGCCACUGACUUUCCCGUGUCCAAUCAUCUUGUUUCCAACAUUGUACCUGAGAUGAAAACUAACCCGCUGUACAUUCUCGCUACUGUUGAAGAACCAAUUGAGAAUCGUUUGUAUACCGCUAUAGAACGUGUAUCCAAAUUUGGAAAGCUAUGUCGUAUUUUUGUCUACAUACUAAGAUUUGUCAACCGCAUCAAACCAGCCCGUUAUGAAUAUCGCUGCAAAAUAGUCAAACAGAUUGAAACCUGUGAAACGCCUGCCUCAAUUGACACCACCGCCUGUGAAGCUGAAAUAGCUAGAAAACUCAUUGUUCAUGUUGUGCAACGGGAUAAAUUUCAGAAGGAAAUAACAGAGUUGAAAGCUGGAAAAUGUCCUAAGCAUCUACUAACGUUGCAACCGUACAUUGAUGAUUACGAUUUGAUACGCUUAUCUGGUCGUCUUGAGCACGCUCCGAUUUCUAGUGAAGCUAGAAAUCCAUUAUUGCUGCCGAAAAAUGAGCAUGUAUCCUCACUCAUCAUUCGACACAUACAUCUUCAAAAUUGUCAUGCCGGUCCCCGCACCACACAAGCAGCUGUUUGCCAACAGUAUUGGAUAAUCUCUGCCCGCAAUCAAGUUCGCCGCAUAAUACAUCAAUGUGUCAUUUGUAACCGCUUUUGCCGCACCAACCUACAGCAACGUAUGGCCCCGCUACCUGCUGAACGAGUCACCGCCAAUAGACCAUUCAAUUUAACUGGCUUGGACUUUGCUGGUCCUUUCUCAUGCAAAACAUCUUUAUUGAAACGCACACAAACAACAAAAGGUUAUCUGUGCAUAUUUGUAUGUUUGACCACCAAAGCUACUCAUCUAGAGUUCCUGUCCUCGAUGUCUGUCAACAACUUCAUCGCCGCUCUACACCGAUUUAUUGCCCGCAGAGGUGCGCCGCACACUCUGUUUUCAGACAACGCUAAGACUUUCACAUCCGCCGCAAGAAAAAUGUAUGAGUUAGAAAAACUCUUGAAGACGAUGCCCUCUGAAGUGAAGUGCUUUCUGUCUAACUACGGCAUAAACUGGAAGUUCAUUCCCCCUUAUGCUCCGCAUCAAGGAGGCAUAUGGGAAGCCGCCGUCAAAUCCGCCAAAACACUGCUACACCGCUGUAUUGGGGACACAGCUCUUACAUACGAAGAGUAUGACACCAUUUUCGUUAGAAUUGAAAGUAUUCUAAAUAGUCGACCGCUUACAGAAUUGUCCUCUGAACCUGCUGAAGCUGCCUCCGUGCUCACUCCCGGGCACUUCCUAAUUGGUAGACCUCUUACCGCACCACCGCAACCCAUAGAGACGAAGGAACUAUUGGUCGCACGCCGCUGGAGACUUACAAACCAAAUGACCCAAUAUUUCUGGAAUCGCUGGUCCAAGGAGUACCUAUGCACCUUGAUCAAUCGCACAAAAUGGAAAACCGCUGAAAGAAACUUGCAACUUAACGAUUUGGUCAUAAUCAAAUCUGUCAACACCUCUCCUCUCAGCUGGCCGUUAGGCAGGAUUAUUGCGCUACACCCUGGUAAAGAUGGACUAGUACGUGUAGUCACUAUCAAAUGCGCAUCUGGGAACAUUGUUCGAGACAUACGCAAAGUUCACCGCAUCAUUUGAAACCUUCUACAAGUUACCGCACACACCGCAUGAAGACCGCCUCGCUCACAUCCGUGAGGAUUGUUAUUGUCUACACCGCUGCUACUGUCUACACCGCCGUUCCUGUCUACACUGCUGUUUCUGUCUACACCGCUGCUCCUAGCUACACCACUGUUCCUGUCUGCGCCACCUUUCUGGUCAUUUGUGCAACGCUCUCACUGUGUAUUGUCACCGACCCGCUGGAGAUUGUUUCCACCGCUAUGAAAAACUGUUCGUUUUUGAGGGGGGGGUAUGUUACCGCCAAUAUAACUUCGGCAGUUUCCCUCUUAUAUCUGUCGGUAAGUUGGCUGUGUGUUUUGAAUCAACCGCGCUCACCCAUGGCCAUCUAACAUGCCACUGCCAUCAGCCGCAAUGAUAUCGCCAAGCCCAUUGUAGAUGGCACUGCUCUCUCUCUCGGCUUGUUCCACUCCCCACUACUACUUCGCCCGUUUCCGCUUUGUCAAGAUGGCUUGUUCUAAAACGUGCACUAACGCUACCAAUUUUUCCUCCCUUUGAAAGAACUUAUAAAUGUACGACCUCUUUGCUGCGACAUGGGCCCAUGUUUUCCCCCCAGCCAGUGCAAGUGAUUUCUUAUUACAAUAACGUGCUACCGCCUACCCGAACGAGAAAACCGCUGUUACAGUCCGCUGCGAACCCGCCAUCCUUGUACGAGAAGCUUUUUAAAGGUAACGACUUUAUUUUGAGCUACUAAGUAACGUGAUUUGAAGCCCAUUACAUUGGCUCUAACAUGGCCUAAUCACAAAAUACAUUUUUUAUAAUGCAGCUAGUAGUUUUCACAAACAGAUUUAUUAAAAAUAACAUCAUAAUUUGACUUAGAAGUAUUUCAUUACAUUCUAAGUCCUAAACUUCCAUUAUCCUUGUUGCACCUCAAAAUAUUGUAAACCCAUAGUUUAUCAAUAUAAUAACAAAACUAACCUGACUAUUAGAGCAUUUACUUUGUCUUUGGUACCUAUCUAUGAAUUAAUCUUCUCUUAAUUUAUAAUUUAAAAUCACUUGGAAACAAUAUUAAAUAGAUUGUUAUAGUAAUAACUUGAUCAGAGUCAGUGUAAUUGAAUAUUGAAAGACUGCCAUUGGAAAAAUAUAAAAUAGGUACUAUUUUUCUGGUUGACCAUUGCUACCAAACUCAUUUAAAACUACAAUAGUAAUGUAUUUGAAAAACUUAUUCAUGCUCUAUUGAUCGAUAUAUUGCGUGAUGCCAGGUAUAUCAAUGUGAAUAGUAUAAAUUAAAACAGGAGACACACAACAUAGAUAGAUUAAAAACACUGAAAAACUUACAUUAUAAUCAGAAAUUUUUAAUGAACUGUGUCCCCUUUCUCAACCGAGCAGAGAGUGUAAUGUAAGUUUUUCAGUGUUUUUAAUCUAUCUAUGUCGUGUGUCACCUGUUUUAAUUUAUAUUAUAAAACUUUAAAGUGUUUUCUGUUAUGUGCUAUGAAUGUCAGUAUAUACUUAUAGUAUUUAUAUCUAAUGUAAAUAGUUUAUUGAGGCCCAGUUCACUUCUAAUUUAUUCAAAGUCCAAACUAUGUCUUAUCAUUGAUGAUUAACUUCACAUUAUCUCCAAAAUGAAUAUGCUGAAAGAUUAUGUUUCUUUUUUCAGGUACCAUUUACAAACAAAAUAUUGAAGAGAAUGUGCUCAAAGGAAAUGCAUAUGAAUUCUUUUUUGUUGACCAGGAUGGAACAAUUCUUUGGAACCUAUAGUUAGAAUAAGUUAGUUAGGCCUAGUGAUGUACCAGCCAGAAGUAGAGGAUGACAAAGAAAAUCAACUAUGAAUAAUAUUCCAUGGAUAUGAUUCAUGUAUGAUGUAGUAGCCUACAGAAGAAAGAGAUGGACUAAUCUAAGAAAUAUAUUCAUUUUU